AAGUACGUAUGUAAUCAUUGCGUCGGCGUAAAAAAUAAUAACUAUAAAAAAUGAUAAGAAUUUUUAUUAUGAUAUAACAGAAAAUUUAGCCCUUGCAUAAAAUUAUUUGAUUUCUUUUAAUGUCCUCACGAUAACCAGCUGUUAUCAUCGAUUGGAGUAUUAUCGUAAAUAAUAAGAGAUAAUGAAAGCUGUAUGAAGGUCAUGAAAGUGCCGUUCCAGGCACCGAUGAUUCAUAGGCAGUACAGUAAAUUAGGCAUAGAGGACUACCAAGAUCUGAUAAACCGAAAGAUAAUUAAAUGCCACGCAUAAUAUUCUAGCUGUGGCGUAAAUGAGUAAAUAAUAAAAUGUUGCUUUGCUGGCAGAUUGUUGAAACAAGAGACUGGCAAGAAAUAAAUAAUAAUAAUAAUAAAGAUAAAAUUAACUACGGAAAUGCGAGUGGAUCAGAGAAAUCGUCGAGAGAUUUUUUGAGCAAUUGUGAAAGUGAACGGAUGGGUCAACGAUCUGAUGUGAAAGAUCGGUGUUGCAAGAGCAGUAGAACUGACGAGAACCACCAGCAGCAGCACCACCACCGGCAACAACCUAGUUCGAUAAUGAAAUAUUUUUUAAAUGUCAAGUUCCUUAUUCUCUUUGGCCUAGCGAGAGAGUUUCGUUCUGUUAAUAACAAUAUUAUACGCCGAUACCAUUACUCGAUUCCGAUACUCCCACCAUUUUAAUAUAUCCAACGCAAGUUGAGAGACUAUUUUCUUGUUUGACUGGCCUGGCAACUUUUAAUUCAGUUGUAUUAUACCUUUCCAGGUAUAAACUCGUUGCAAUUAUUUUAGAUUGUGUACCACAGCUGACAAAACUACCAGGUCUAGUUAAAUAAUUUAAAAUUACUCGUGUGAUUGACAAUAACUCAACAUGGAUGAAGAUACUCUCCGUGCACAGCUCAAUAAAUAUAAUCAAGGACACGUGCUGCAGUUUUGGAAGGAACUGACGGAAGAUCAGCGCGCUAGUUUGACAGAAGAUAUUUUGGAGUUCAGUUUGUCGGAAGUUACUUCGUAUUUUAAAAGAGCUAACGAGUCUUCGGAGAAUAAUAACAAAUUAUUGGACGACCGGAUCCAGCCGAUUGAAGACGAUGCUAUCAAGUCGGUGACCGGCUGUGACAGUGCUCUGCUGAAGAAAUAUCAAGACACCGGGCUGCGUGAAAUAGCCGCUGGACGGGUUGCUGUUCUUGUUCUAGCCGGUGGUCAAGGUACCAGACUUGGUGUCACUUGUCCUAAGGGAAUGUACGAUGUCGGGUUGCCCUCACACAAGAGCUUGUUUCAGUUGCAGGCUGAAAAGAUAAGACGAUUAGAAGUUAUGGCUAAAGAAAAGUAUGGGAAAUGUCAAGGGAUCACUUGGUACUUGAUGACGAGUGAAGCCACGCACGAGUCAACGCUUGAUUUUCUUGAGCAGAAUAAUUACUUUGGGUUGAAUAAAAAUAAUGUCAAGGCCUUCAAACAGGGUAUGAUUCCUUGUUUUGGAUUUGAUGGUAAAAUAUUGCUUGAUGAAAUGCACUCGUUAUCAAAAGCCCCUGAUGGUAAUGGCGGGCUUUAUCGCGCACUAAAAGUCCAAGGGAUACUGCAAGAUAUGACUGAACGCGGUAUUAAUAGCGUACACGCUCAUUCUGUAGAUAAUAUUUUGAUUAAAGUUGCUGAUCCUGUUUUCAUUGGCUAUUGCAUUGAUAAAGGAGCCGACUGCGGAGUUAAAGUUGUUGACAAAGCUGAUCCUAGCGAAGCUGUCGGUGUCGUUUGUCAGGUUGAUGGCAAGUAUCAAGUCGUUGAGUACAGCGAAAUAUCCAAGAAGACUUCAGAGUUGCGACGCCCUAAUGGAAAGCUUGUUUUUAAUGCUGGUAAUAUUUGCAAUCACUACUUCACUCUCGGCUUCUUCCGUAAUAUCUCGGAUUAUCAUGAAGAAGAGUUGCCACUUCAUGUUGCGAAGAAAAAAAUUCCUUAUGUCGACAACAGUGGGGUGAGACAAAAACCGACGAGUCCCAAUGGAAUUAAGAUUGAGAAAUUUAUUUUCGAUGUGUUAAAAUUUUCGAAAAAUUUCGUCGCUUGGGAAGUUCCGAGAGAGAGUGAAUUUAGCCCGCUAAAAAAUUCAGAUUCUGCUGGUCAGGAUUGCCCUUCGACAGCACGUAACGAUUUACUCGCGCUUCACAAACAAUGGCUCUUGAAUGCGGGUGCUAAGUCUGUACAAGGUGACGUUGAGAUCUCGCCAUUACUGUCUUACGCAGGAGAAAAUUUAAAGGACAUUCCUGAGAUCAUACAGGGGCCAAAAGUAUUCGAAUGAUAAAUAUUGUUGUAAAAAUGAAUUUAUAAUUAUUCUGAUGUAGAUUUUAUAAUUUUAUAGAAUAAUUAAUUGGUGAUAUUUAAAUAUCUAUGAGAUAAAUUUACAAGUGUAGACGAAAAUCAAUUUAUAUGCAUAAUAUUACGUUGUAUUGUUUUACAUUAGAAA